UGUCCAAUCUAUUUCAAAAACCAAUAUAAAAACCUAGCAGUCUGUGAGGAAUCCGUCAACAAACAGCUAAGAGUAUAAUUUUACAAAUAAUGCCCCUAAUUGUGAGUUUGUAAUGACUAUUAGCUUGUUGAAUCUCCACAAAUUAUACUAAUAAUGUGUGUUACUAGUGUUACUUUUGGUUAGUGAAACACAAACAAUCAAAAAUUUAGUGUUGAUUUUGAUACGGUUUGCGUUGAAUUUAGCGCAGUAAACAAUGGAGACACUGGGAAAAUGCAUUCCUCCAAUUGCGACGUUGGUACUCACUCGUAUUUUAUUAAAUUUCUUCAUGAAAACCAGCUGACCUUUGCUCUUGAAAUUGUGAACCGAAGGCUAAAGUUGUGUUUUACUUCCCGUAUUAACCAAACUUUUGGGUUGAAAUUUCUACCCGAGAGGUACAAAAGCAGGACUGUUCUUCGGGAGAUUGCCGCCCUUCAAGAGCCAAAAGGAUGAUUUUACAAUUGCUGCUUCUUGUUAUACUUCUUUCAGAAGCUUCAAAUGCCGAUGGAGAGCCCCCUGGAUCUGCUAUCUUUAAAGACUUCGCUCAGACACGCGCUUUCAUAGACAAAUCUCUACUAAUCAAGUACAUCCUAGAUGGCCGUAGGCACAUUUACAUCGAGGCCCCACCGGGUUUCGGCAAAACCACUAACCUUAAAUUGGUUCAAGAUUUCUUCACCAUGGAGAUCGACUCCUAUGGAUCCGCCAUCAAUGCGGCAAAGCUCGUGAAAACCGACAAGAUCUUUCAGGACGUUCUGAAAAAGUAUAGAGAGCGUCACGGAAACACCUCCACAGAACGCACGGCUUCCGAAAACGAGACCAAAGGUGCAUCUGCCCACGAGAGCGUUACGAAACCUAUCAAUAUUAUCGGAGACUACCUGAAGAACUACGUGACCUUUUCGAAGCCGCGCUUGAAAAUACUGGAGGAUUGGCCGGAGCUUUUCGAGUCCCAGUUUGCUCGAUAUCCUGUCCUCAUGGUAGACUUUGGAGUGCUAUCUACAAAUUCUUAUCAGAACUACAAAAGCUCUUUUACGAAAAUGGUUUCGCGGCUCUUCGAACAAUUUAAAUACUUGUUAUUGAGCAAGAGGUUGACCAAACUCACCAAGGAUGAAUUUUUACUUUUCCGCGAUAAGUCAAAAGAACUGAGUAUAGAUGAGGUUGUGCUUGGGGGAGAAAAGUUGGUCCGUCUGUUGUCACAUCAUCAUCAGCGAAAAUCGAUAGUUUUAGUCGAUAAUUUUGACAUACCGAUUCGCAAGGCUCUUUUCGCCCAAAAACUUGAUGAGGAAAGUUUUACGAGGAUCGUGAAGGAUGUGUGUCGAUUUGUCGAGUUGCUCAUAAAAAGCGAAGAUGUGUUCCGGACCGUAGUGACGGGCAGUCUCAGAAUCGACAUCACAGAUGGAUUGAUGCACCUUCCCGUCUUCCAGGAUGAAUUUUUGCAUCAAUAUUACGGCCUGACAGAAGAGGAUGUUUCUGAGCUUGCUUGGCGCUACUACAAAGAAAAACAUAUUCCCGAUAUCAGACUUUGGUACAGUGGUUACAGAGCAGGGCGGAAGGGUCAUAAUAUCUACAACACACGCUCAACGUUGCGCUGCCUUACGACGGGUCUGCUUAGACCGUGUCAAAAUGAGUCUGUAAAGUUUAAACCCAUAAAACACCUGUUGAAUUUUGAGAAGUUGGGCCGUGACAUAGAGGACGCCUUCGAUAAUAAGACACGACUCCUUGUACGGCAAAAGAUCCCACUGAGGCUGCUCGAGCAACUCCGACGAUCAAUAUUUGAACCCAAUCGAACUCCAUUUGUUGUUCAUCGGGACUUAAUCCUGCAGAUGCUUCUGGACCAUGGCUUCUACACCGUUUUCGACGGAAACAGACUCAAUAUACCGAACUUCGAGACCAAGUUAGACAUCAAUAAUCUGAUCUUCGACCGAGCAUACUACAUCACCAAACUAAAUAUAACUAACCAGGCAAUUAAUAACUUUGUUCAGAGCAUUGAGCGACUCACUGGGGAGGAGGCGUCUAUACGCAACUUCUCCUUAGCGGUCACAGAACUCUUCAAGUACAGCCUGCCGCGAGGAGCACGGGAACUAGCACACACCUUGCUCACUCUAGCGGCAGACUCUGGAAAAUUCGACUUGGUGCGCGGUCUGGAGGCCCCCGACCGAAAACGACAGGAUGUCCUCGUGAAGCGAUCCUCGGAGGCCGGGAUCGUAAUCGGGAUCACAACGGAUAAAAUUGACGAUGAUUUGCUGAGACCUGUUUUUAUCCGAAGUUUCCAGUUGUUCCAUCAAGACUGCAAGGCGAAGAUUGCCAUAUUGUUGGGUUUAAAACUACGCGGACAGGUCGGGGAUCUCGACGUACUGUAUGCGUUCGAGAAUCGUACCAUUGAGGACAUGACCGAGAACCAACGUAAGGUACAUGUUACCGAGGGUGCACCAACGAGACUAUCAGAGAGUGUAUAAUCGAUGGAGGCACCAUAUCAUCCUUGCAUUCAACGACCACCGCUGGGUAGAGAUGAACCACCCAACUUACGCGUACACAUACGUAAGUUGAGUUGUUUUAGGCACAAAAGACAGUUAAUUGGCCGUAUUUUCUCUUCAUCGUAUUGUUACGGUACCUCUCACUUGUGUGGAAUAUUACAAAAUUAGUUUGCGAUGUCGGAUUGUUUUUAUAUUGAAACUGGUCUUUAACGAUACCAAGAUACUAAGAUCUUCCAUGCGACAUACGCAGUAAUGAAAACAUAAUUUUCAACUUCGGUUGCAGAAAUUUUGAUUAUUGUUGCCAUUGCUUAGAAUAAAUAUUCCGAAAAAUGUA